AUGAUCAUUUAUACAUAAAUUGUGGUGGUGAGCAAGUAUCAAUCAAUGAUAAUAAUUAUGAAGCAGAUUUGCAACCAGAUGGGGGAUCAACAUUUUUUCUAAGUGGCAAUAAAAGUUGGGCUUAUAGUAGUAUGGGAAUAUUCUCGGGAGCAGACCGCAACAACUACAUAGUACAAAAAACAUGCAAUAUCUCCAUGGUUGAUGCACCUUUAUAUAAGACAGCACGCGUUUCUCCAAUAUCCUUGAAGUACUAUGGAUUUUGUCUGAAAAAUGACGUAUACAUAGUGAAACUUCACUUUGCUGAAAUAGCAUGGGAAGUAAUGAAAAAUACGUCCAGCAAGGGAAGCGAGCCUUUGAUGUGGAAAUACAGGUAA